AUGGCAACAUCUUCAACUUCUCGUCGAAGACUCUUAUGUGGUCCUGAGGACCCUUCCGUAUUGUAUCUUCAGAGACAACACGUCUCUGAUAAUAUAUGGGCAGGAGUUGAAUCAGAAGACGUACGCUGCACAAGAUAUGAAGGAAUCAUUUGGGAUGUUCCCACACAUCCGCGUGUUUUGGCAGUAAUGGAUGAGAUGAGGUUCGGCGGCAUAUUGAGAUGUGGUCAACCAAAGGACAUUGACCAUCAUCUUAUCACCGCGUUGAUUGAACGAUGGAGGUCAGAGACUCACACGUUUCACUUUCGAGUCGGUGAAGCGACAGUGACAUUGGAAGACGUGGAGGUCUUAUGGGGCAUCAAAGUUGACGGUGAUGCUUUGAUGGGUUACAUCCCCACUAAGGAUGUCAACUUUGGAUGCAACUUUCUCUGGAUUAUCUUGGAUUUGUACCAGAUACAGUUGAGUUGA